CAUUCUCUGCCCUCUCAUAAUCUGAAAAAAAAGUACAAUGUAAGAAGUCUCAAACAUGUCAUGAAGUCAAGAAGAGAAAGAGGGAGGAGAAGUUGAAACACAGAGGGAUGGACAUAACUUAGCAGUAAGCAGUUUAAAAAAAUCCUUCAGUAUAACAGGGACCGGAAUGCUCGGAAACGCUCCUCCUCUCUUCUAGUCGCCUUUUUUCACCUCUCUGUCCUCGACUCCCUGUGGUCCUGCUUGCGAGAAACACCAGCAUCAUUGGGUUUUGCUGUAAAGAUGACAUCCCGCUUGGUUGUGCAUAUAACCUGUGUGACGCUGCUGUCACUGUGGUGGAAUGUGGCUCAGUCCACUCCAAUGUUCUACAACAUAUCCAUGGAUGGUAGCGGUGAUGACGGGCUGGAGCUCCUCUUCCCUAAGUCCUUCUCCACCCGUGCUCCUGUUGAAGUCAGUGCCGCUACUAAGGCACCCUCCCUCACCAACACCAUAACCACCACCAUGAUCCGCCUGAAGGACUUUGUUCUGACUAAAGUGGUGGACUUCCUGCAGCAGAAUCUCCUUAUCAUUGUUGUUGUGACCUCUCUUCUCAUCGUUAUGGUUUUUAUCAUCUGCUGUGCCUCUGCCAUGGGUCAGAAGCGCAAGCUGGAAGCUCACAAGCCCACUUCUCAUCCUCCUCGGAAAUACGCAGCGGAUAAAAGCGGUGGACAUAAGAGUUUGAACGAUUCCCAGGAGAGGCCGUACGCCGUGGACCAUGUCAAGAGGGUUCAGAUACAAAGCAGGGCAUCGCCAAAGAACCUGCGCAUGCCCUCCAAGGCUCUGGUGGGAGAGAAAGGAAGAGAGGUGAAGUCAUCACCCCGCCAGGAGGUGAGGAAGGUCAGGGAGGUGGAGGAGGUGGAGAAGGUGGAGAAAUGGAGAGAGGAGCCCAAACACAAAGAGCAGAGGUACAGGGAGGAGGUGCAGACCACCUCCAGUCAGCCUGUGUGCACCUGCCAUCUGAAGAAGGGCCACCACUAG